CACUACACAAAAAACCCCAAACAAAAACCAAAAGUCAAUCAAAACCCUAGCCCCCUCAAUCUCUGUAUACAAAUAGUUUAGCAAAACCCUAGCUUCUCUCAAAGCUUCCUCUCCCUUUAGGUCCUCUCUCUGACUCUCUUUUGUUUUCUCUAACGGCUUGACCUGAUUUUGUUCAAUUUUGUUCAUCUUUUUUGAUUUGAAGCUUGUGAUUGAGUCUCAUUGCUGCGACAAUGUCUACCAGUGAGCUUGCUUGCACCUACGCCUCUUUGAUCCUCCAUGAUGAUGGAAUUGCAAUCACUGCGGAUAAGAUUGCGACAUUGGUGAAAUCAGCAGGCGUCACUGUUGAGUCAUACUGGCCCAGUCUUUUUGCGAAGGUUUCAGAGAAGAGGAACAUUGAGGAUCUCAUUCUGAAUGCUGCUAGUGGUGGUGGCGGUGUUGCUGCCCCUGUAGCAGUAGCCGCUCCUGCUGGUGGUGGUUCUGCUGCCGCCGCUGCUAAAGUUGAGGAAAAGGAAGAGGCGAAGGAAGAGAGUGAAGAUGACUUGGGAUUCAGCUUAUUUGAUUAGGUUUUCUGCGGAUUUGUUCUUUUCAUUUCAUUGUUAGGCAGUUUAGGACACAAGAGGUGACCUAGUUGAAUUUUGGUCUUGUUUUGAUAAUUUUUAUUCAAGUGAUACAUCUUGACAUGACUUUUAAAUCCAUUUAUGGAGUUCUGAUUCAUAGCUA